CCGCCCCCUCCCUCUCUCCCUCUUCAUCGCCCGCUGUCGCCGCCGUCCUCCCUCCAUCUCUCGACGCCACCUCUUCAUCCAUCCCUCGCCUCCGUCCUCCCGAAAGGAGUACCGAGAUCACUACGAUUCUUUUGACGCUUCAGCAAAUCGCUGUGGCAAAGGUGGGACACAAGUCGAUCUUCCCAGACAUCAAAGUUCAAGAAAUCGGACUUUUUUCUUUUACUGAAUAAAUUGAAGAAUACAACAAUUCUUGGGAGGAGCUUCUUUGUGGGUUUCAUUUGCUUCUUUGAAUCAAUGGAAGCUUUGGGAUCAAUGAUUGGGACUAGUCUUCCUUCCCACACAAAAUUUAUCUCUAUGUCACCAAAUUGUCUGACCAUUAGAUUGGCAUCCCGAGAUGUUCUCUCUCAUUGUAAAGUCCCAUAUAGGAGACAAGUUCUAACAAAAACAUUUAGUGGUUCAGAAGUAGUUCUGCAGAAGGCAAGAAGUAAAACUUGGGGCUUCGAGUGUAGAUGCAGUGCUCAAGAGAUGGAGAGCUAUGUGGCAACUGACAACACUUCACGAAGCUUGACACAAAGGAAAAGACUAGCAGUUUUUGUCUCUGGUGGAGGAUCAAAUUUUAAAGCUAUUCAUGAAGCAGCCAAGGAAGGAUUGGUUCAUGGAGAUAUUAUGGUUUUGGUCACGGAUAAGCCCGGUUGUGGUGGUGCUGAAUAUGCAAGAGAGAAUCAAAUUCCAGUUAUUGUAUUUCCCAGGUCCAUGUCCUCGCCUGAUGCUGUAUCAGCAGCUGAACUUGUAGCAACUUUAAGGAAUUUUGAGGUCGACUUUCUUCUGCUUGCUGGCUUCUUGAAGCUUAUACCAAUCGAGUUAGUUCAGGCAUUUCCAAGAUCCAUAUUGAACAUUCAUCCAUCUCUUCUUCCUGCUUUUGGUGGUAAAGGUUUUUAUGGUUUAAAGGUGCACAAAGCUGUCAUAGGAUCUGGGGCAAGGUACUCUGGCCCCACAGUUCACUUUGUGGAUGAACGGUAUGAUACCGGUCGUAUCGUGGCUCAGAGAGUAGUCCCUGUGCUAGCAGAUGACACUGCCGAGCAGCUGGCAGCGAGAGUCCUUCAUCAGGAGCAUCAACUCUAUGUGGAAGUAGUUUCAGCUUUAUGUGAGGAUAGAAUUGUUUGGAGAGAAGAUGGAGUCCCUCUUAUUUGCAGCCGAGAGAAUCCAAAUAAGCUUUACUAGUCAAAGAACAGUGGAAAUAACUGCUAGGACUGUUGAUAUUCUCCAUAAUCUGUUGAAAAUUAUCGACAGGAACUGGUAAGAAUGAUACAUCAUUCUACCAGGAGGAGCUCCAUUGUUUUAUUUAGCGAUAUAGGUUUCUUUUACUCCUGUUUUUUUUUUAAUUUUUUGUGCACUCUAUGUUUAGAGGUGUUCUUGAUGUUUGACAUAAAUAUAAUAAGCUUGAAAAUUUGACACCAA